AUGUGGUACCAUGUCGCCGAGCCGAAUUCCUACCUCGUUAUUACGGGUGUAGGAAUUGAGAAAGUGCUGAUCAAGAAAAAGGCUUUUAUAUAUCCACUGCAGAAGGUUUCAAAGAUCUCGAUUACACCUUUUGAUUUUUCCAUGGCCCUCCAGGCUAUGACUAUUGAGAAGCUUAAAUUUGCUCUACCAGCAGUCUUCACAAUCGGUCCUGCCGACAGCCCGGAAGCUCUUGAGAAAUACGCUGUAUUGCUUACUGGCGAGAGCGAUGGAAGCCCUACUCAAACAGCAGCCAAGGGUGUUGUCUCAGUUGCUGAGGGUCGGAACCAUGUCCAAGAGAUUGUCAAGGGUAUUAUUGAGGGUGAGACACGAAGCAUUGUCUCUACUAUGACCAUGGAAGAGCUGUUCCGUGAGCGUAAGAUCUUUAAGGACAAAGUAAUUCAACAAGUGCAAUCUGAACUCGAUCAAUUUGGUCUAUGCAUUUACAACGCCAAUGUCAAGGAACUACAAGACACACCGGGUUCGGAGUACUUUGCUUUUCUCUCCCGCAAGGCGCACGAAGGCGCGCUCAACCAGGCCAAAGUCGACGUCGCUCAUGCUCGUAUGCAGGGUGAGGUCGGAGAAGCAGAGAAGCAAGGAAAGACGAAGCAGGAAGUCGCCAAGAUUCACGCCCAAACGGCUGUCCUCGAAACCGAACGUAAAGCUGAGAAGGCCACGGCAGAUGCAAAGUUCACUGACAAGGAGAUUGAAAUCAGUCGUGACCUCAACGUAGCUCGAAUCAACGCUAAACGCGAAGCUGAAAGACGCGAUGCCGAGCUCCAGAUGGAGGUCGAGAAGAAGAGGGCACUCAUGGAGCUUGAACGUCUUCGAGCGACCAAGGUCGUGCAGGCUAAGAUUGAGAAGGAGAGUGCGCAGCAGCAGGCUGACGCAGAGCUGUACACUCAAGAGAAGGCAGCCGACGGAAGCAAGUACGGCCAGCAAGCCGAGGCUGAAGCUGCUGCUUUCCGCCGCCUCCGUGAUGCUGAGGCUGACUUCCAGGCUAAGGAGCGCGAAGCUGAAGCCAACUUUAUCGUCUCCAAGCGUCGAGCUGAAGCCGAAUACUUCGCCCAGGAACGUGCAGCUCAAGCCCAUCUCAUCACCCAACAACGCGAAGCCGAGGGUCUCUCUGCAAUGGCCAAGGCAUAUGGCGACAUGGCUAACGUUCUCGGCGGUCCUCAGGGUCUCAUGCAAUACCUCAUGAUUACCAACGGCACGUAUGAGAAGCUUGCGCAUGCGAACGGUAACGCUAUCAAGGGUCUUCAACCGAAGAUCAACGUCUGGAACACUGGUAGCCAAGGCGGUGAAGGUAUGGCAGAUCCGUCAGCACCUAUCCGCAACCUCUUCCAGAGCCUGCCGCCUCUUCUCAGCACAAUCCAUGAUCAGACUGGUAUGGCGCCGCCUACCUGGUUGGCGCAAAUGCCGCAGCAGAACGGUGAUCUGAGCAAGAUGCACUUGAGGAACGGCAGCGAUAUAUCGUCGUAG